AUGUCUGGUCCGCCAGAAUGGGCAGGCAAGAGCACCGGCGAAGAAAAAGCACAUCCGGCUACCAAAGGGUCUGAGCUACCCACAGACCCUUUUCUCGUUCAUUUCGACUUCCCUCACGAUCCCAGCAACCCCAGAGACUGGAGCCUCGGCCGCAAAUGGAUCGUCACAUCCGUCCUGUCAGUAACGGGACUAAUCCGGAUCACGGUGUCGACCAUCAUGGCGCCAGCCUUGCCACAGAUCUCGAAGGACCUCAAUAUGAAUUCAGUUGAGUCCCUGAUGGCACUGUCCGUAUAUCUGCUCGCCACAGCGUUUGGUCCACUUCUCAUCGGCCCACUAUCGGAGAUGUACGGACGCAGCCCCAUUCUGCAUUCAACAAACAUCUGGUUCUUGAUAUGGAAUCUCGUUUGCGGCUUCGCGAAUACGAAGGGCACACUCAUUGCCUCUCGACUCCUCGCUGGUCUGGGCGCAUCGGCGAUAUACUCGUUAGGUAAUGGCGUCCUGGGGGAUAUCUGGCCGCCGGAACAGCGAGGUCGCUCGAUAGGUCUGUACAUGCUUAUUCCGCUCUUGGGUGCUGCCAUUGGACCGAUAGUCGGUGGUAUAAUCGCAGGCAGGACUUCAUGGCGAUGGAUUUUCUGGGAAACCUCAAUUGUGCAAGCUUUCGCAGUCGUCUUCUGCCUGGUGGCUUUCCGCGAAACGCAUACACAGACCAUACUGAACGAGAAAGCGAAGGCGCUUUGCCGCUCGACUGGCGACGAUCGGUACCAUGCGCGCCUGUCAGACUUGGAGAGGCAGCAAACAUUCUGGUCGGCCCUUGGCAUGCAUCUCACACGACCGUUUCGUUUGCUGAUCUUCCACCCUAUCGUCCAGAUCCAAGCCAUGGUUUCGGGGUACAACUACGGUCUGCUAUACUUGAUUUUAGCCACAUAUUCGUCAUUCUGGACUGACCACUAUCACGAAACAGUCUCUUACUCUGGACUGCACUACCUCUCGGUUUGUGUUGGAGAGAUCACGGGCUCCCAGAUUGGAGGUUUCCUCAUGGACUUCGCAUCCAAGGCACUGCGAAAAAAGCACUCGGCCACAAGCCAGGAUAGCGGAGCCGAAUACCACAUUCCUCUCAUGGCCCCAGCGUACCUGUUGACCGCCGUCGGCCUGUUGCUCGGUGGCUGGAGUGCUCAGCAUUUGUUGCCGUGGCCGGUGGUGGAUGUCGGCUUUCUCAUAGCGUCCUUCGGCAACACCAUUGCAGGCCAGGUCAUCACGGCGUACGUGAUCGAUGCUUAUCCGAACCAUGUUGCGAGUGCCUCUGCUGGCGCGCAGCUUAUUCGGAGUCUGACGGCUUUCGGCUUUCCCCUGUUCGCGCCGGCUAUGUUCAGGAAAUUAGGAUACGGCUGGUCAUAUACAAUCCUGGACGCUUCGGGUUUGCUUAUUGGGUUACCAGCAACGGCAGCGUUGUGGUGGCAUGGAGCUCGGUUGAGGAAGAAAGCCGCCGGCAGCUACUGA